CGGGCCUCGGCGAUGUCCCAGCGCCGUGUGACAGGUGCUGCGCUGUCCCCGACACCCGACACCUCGGCGGGACCGCGAUCCGCGUGACGGGCGGCGAUUCAUAAAUAGCGGGGCUCGGGGCGCCGGCAGCGAGAGCGCUGAGAGGAGAGCACCGAGGAGCCCAUGGAUUUCCAAGCCGGUAUCCUGCAGGAUGGCAGCCCCAUGGACAGCCUGGAGAAGCAGCUCAUCUGCCCCAUCUGCCUGGAGAUGUUCAGCAAGCCCGUGGUGAUCCUGCCCUGCCAGCACAACCUGUGCCGCAAGUGCGCCAACGACGUGUUCCAGGCCGCCAACCCGUACUGGCAGAGCCGGGGCAGUUUGAUUUCGGGGGGCCGGUUCCGGUGCCCCUCGUGCCGCCACGAGGUGCUGCUGGACCGGCACGGGGUGUACGGGCUGCAGAGGAACCUGCUGGUGGAGAACAUCAUCGACAUCUACAAGCAGGAGUGCUGCAGCAGGCCCCUGAAGAAGGGGGAGCACCCCAUGUGCAAGGAGCACGAGGACGAGCGGAUCAACAUCUACUGCGUCACCUGCGAGGUGCCCACCUGCUCCAUGUGCAAAGUGUUCGGUGCCCACAAGGACUGCGAGGUGGCCCCGCUGCAAACCGUCUUCCAGGGACAGAAGACCGAGCUGAACAACUGCAUCUCCAUGCUCGUGGCGGGGAAUGAUCGCAUCCAGACCAUCAUCUCCCAGCUGGAGGACUCCUGCCAGAGCACCGAGGAGAACAGCGAGGCGGCCAAGCGGGAGCUCUGCGCUCGCUUUGACGCCCUGGCAGCGCUGCUGGAGGAGAAGAAGGCGGAGCUGCUGCAGCGCAUCUCGCAGGAGCAGGCGGACAAGACCUCCUUCAUCCAGAGCCUCAUCUGCCAGUACAAGGAGCAGCUGGAGAGGUCGAGCCGGCUGGUGGAGACAGCGAUCCAGGCAGCCGAGGAGACCGGGGGGGCUGCUUUCCUCAUGAACGCCAAGCAGCUCAUAAAAACGAUCGUGGAGGCCUCCAAGGGUGGCCGCCUGGACAAGAUCGAGCAGGGCUAUGAGAGCAUGGACGCCUUCUCCGUGAGCCUGGACCACCUCACCGAGGCCGUCCACGCCUUGGACUUCGACCCCGAUGAAGAUGAGGAAUACUUCGAUGGGGAGGAAGAAGAGGUGGAAGAGAACGCAGCGCCCGAGAGGACAGUAAUGGCUUCCCUGUAGCCACAGCAACGUUGCCGGCGGCAGAGAAACGCCCCCGGGCACAGGAUGUCCGGUGAUGGAUUUGGGAUGGGAGGGACACACGGCGGGACCGGCAGCCUGGCGAGCCGGCGCCUGCUCCAGCACAGGACACUUUUCUAUACGGGUGCAAAUAGGACAAAUUCCGCACGUUUUAUAAUUCCCUUGUUUUGUAUAUAAUUGUCACGGAUUUGAAAUUUGUGUAUUUUAUAAAGAAAUCUGGUGCUUCG